AUGGGCAAAGCUGGUUCCUCUUUCAAGCAGCUCGACGUCGCCAUCCUCGGUGGUGGCAUCGGUGGCUUUGCAAGCGCCAUUGCCCUUCGUCGCGCAGGCCACAGGUGUACCGUAUACGAACGACGAGGCUUUGACGUCGAGGUGGGUGCUUCCAUCUCUUGCGCCGCCAAUGGCACACAAUGGCUUCACGAGUGGCAGGUCGAUGUUCAGUGCGGUCGUCCUGUCGUCUUGAUGGAGCUCACCAUGCGCGAUUGGCAAACCGGCCAAAUCCUCAACCAGUACCACCUCGACGACUACGAGGAGACGUGGGGGAACGUCUACAACAUGUUCCACCGUCAAGACAUGCACAGGAUGCUCCUCGACGCCGCCCUCUCUACAUCCGGCAAGGGGAUCCCCGUCGAGAUUGUCAUGGACCACAUUGCAGACCACGUCGACACCGAGACGAGCGUCGUCACUUUCCGUAACGGCAUCCGCGUCGCUGCCGACCUGAUCGUCGGUUCGGAUGGUAUUCGAUCCAAGACGUGUGCAGCGAUUGGUGUCACGCCAGAGAUCGAGUCGGCGCCUCAGACUUGUUACCGAUGCAACGUCACCAAGGAGCAGGUCCAACGUCUUGGCCUUACCUGGGCUGCCGAUCCUGCCAUCCAGUUCUGGGGCGGCUAUCCGAAGGAGCAUCUCAACCAGUACUACAAGAUCGUCAUGAGCCCAUGCGCCGCCGGCGACAUUGUCUCGUUCUACUGCUUCAUGCCCACCCAACUCACCAAGCACCGUUCCGAAGGCUUUGUCUUUGAACAGGUCGCCCCCGAAGAGAUCCUUGCUGGCGACUACUGCCAAUUGGACCCGCUGUGUGUCAAGCUGAUCCAGAACUCGGUGGAACGCAAGCCCUGGCGUCUUUACCUCCACCAACCUUACUCGCACUGGUACAAGAAGCAGACCUGCAUCCUCGGCGAUGCUGCCCAUCCCAUGAUGCCCCACCAAUCCCAAGGCGCCUGCCAAGCAAUCGAAGACGCUGCUGCGCUCGGCAUCAUUUUCAGCAGCGAGUACAACUUUACCAGCAACAUCGAGGCUGGUUUGCAGCUCUACCAGCACAUUCGUAAGCCCAGGGCUACUCGAGUGCAGUACGCUUCCGCCCGUGCCUUGGAGAAUCUGAACGAAAGGAUUGGCUUCUCAUCCUUGAGCGCCCCACAUGCUGCUUUGGCAGCAAAGGAGAACAAGCUGACAGUCAACGAGAUGAACACGUAUGAUAUGAAGAAACACAUUCGAGAAAGCGUCGACCCUUGCUCGUCUGCUGCUGCUGCUGCUGCUACUGCUGCUGCUACUGCUGCUCCUGGGCCUAGUUCGACUGCAAUCGCUACCGGUGCAUAA